AUGACCCGUUCGAAGACGGCGUUAGCCCUUGGGAGCUUACUUCCUGGAAGUGAACAGAAGCGAAUUUUAACCGAGAAGGACAUUGCAGACGCCACUGUCAAAGAUAAACAGCUUACUGAGGUAAUAGAUGCCGUGGAAACGGGCGUUUGGCCGAAGCACUUGAAGCAGUUUCAGGUGCAAGGAAAUGAUUUAAUCACACGAGAAGGACUGUUGAUUAAAACGGGUUGCGCGGUCAUACCUGAGAGUAUCCGACAGGAAACUUUGGCGGUAGCUCAUUCAGGCCAUCCAUCGACUGCAAAGUUUAAGAGUAUUCUCAGAGAACGUGUAUGGUGGCCUGGAAUGACGAAGGACGCUGAAGCUUGGGUAACAUCUUGUGGUGUUUGUGCAACUAACGGAAGGCCCGAACGGCCAACACCCAUGACUCGUGUGUUUGCCCCACAAACUGUAUGGGAGACCAUUGGCAUAGAUUUCAAUGGUCCCUAUAACAAAUUUGGCGGAGUUUAUAUUCUAGUUUUAGUGGACUAUCGUUCACGAUACGUUAUCGCUAAGCCCGUGAGAUCGACAAGUUUCACGCAUACCCGAAAAAUCUUGGACGAAAUUUUUGAAAAGGAAGGCUAUCCUCAGACUAUAAAAUCGGAUAAUGGGCCUCCAUUUAACGGAGAUGAAUGUAAGAUGUACUGCUCAGAGCGUGGCAUCAAUGCAACUUUCUCCACGCCGUUAUAUCCCCAACAGAACGGGUUGGCUGAGAGUUGCAUGAAGUUGGUGAAUAAAGCAAUGAGUGCCGCUUCUGCUAGUGGAACACCCUAUGAAAAUGAACUAAGUGCAGCCGUCCAAGCGUAUAACGCAGCUACUCACUCCGUUAUCGGAGUACCACCGGAAGAGGUGAUGACGGGUCCGAAAAUAAGGCGUAGACUACCGCUUCUAUGCCGUGGAAAGGCUAAUUUCGAUGAAAACCUGCUUAAUGCUAAAGAUCUGAAGUCGAAAACAGAGGCUAAGCAGCGAGAAGAUGCGAAACGAGGCUCGACAAUGUCGAAUCAGACCAGGGGACACCGUUGUUGUAGAACGUCAGCCUCGGAUGAAAGCGGAAUCACGGUUUGA